AUGUACAGAAUAUACCCGCGGCUACGGUUUGGGAGCAUGACCACUAUGCGAGGGACGAGCGUGCGGGCGUCGAUGAUGCAUGGCGACUCCAUAUGCAGCAGCAGGUCCAGAGUUGGGAUGUGAGGAUGGCGAGCCUAGCGGUGGUCGGACAUGACACUCCCAUCCAUGUGUACAUGGAGUGGUACAUGCGGAUCACUCGCAUCAUUAUUGGCAACCCCUCUAGGCGUCGUCCAGAUGGCCUGGGAUAUGUAGCUCUCGCAGGAGCGUACGAGGCGUUAGUACGGACCGUUCAGAUGAUGCGCUAUGAGAGCACUGCCCGUACGGAGGCCCCCGAGAUGGCGGAGUAUGCAGCACGGAUGAUUGAGCUUGCCGAGACUGGUAUGAGACAGGCACAUGACUUUGAGCGUCUCCAUGAGCGUGUUCCCAGUGCCCCACCUGGGGCAGCAGGUGGUCGUGGUCGCCGAGGAGCUGGUGGUCGUCGCAGAGGUGGUAGGGCUGGCAGAGGUGAUGAGGCUCCGUCGACUAUAGAGAUCCAGCCGAGUUCUUACCGGCCGGCAACUACAGAUAUCCCAUCGACUUCUCAUUCCCGUCCGUCGACUUCACAGACACCUCUGUAUACGCCGGACCUUUUUUCAGGUUAUGUGCCCUGGCCUUCACUUUCACAUCCACCAGUUCGUGAUCCACAGGGUGAGCGGCCGGUUCGUGAUCUACAGGGUGGCCUACAUCUGCACUUCGACGACUCUAUGUUCGAGGACUUCGUGUUUGAUAUGGCACCAUCUGCAUCUCCUGCUCCGGGGGCCGCUCAGGAGCCCUCUCACCAGGCAUCUCAGGAGGCCGUCGACACACAGGUUCAUUGUUCUACGCCUGUGGGUCCACAGGAGCGACCCAUCCAGGAGACUACCUCAUAUUCACCACCACACCCAUCUCAGGAGCCUACAGACCCAUCUCAGGAGCCUACUCAGGCGCCCGUUGACACACAGAUUCAUCCUUCGGCACCUGAGGUGGCGACUCCCGACGAGGUAGAGGUCGAGACACCAGACCACACUCAGCCUGAAGUUCUGAGUGUGCCAGCGGGACCAGAUCCCAAGAAGAAGCACAUUCUAGUCAAGGGAGCACGGGGCAGGCGAAGAGAUGAUGAUCAUGACUUGGAGCGCCCUGUUAUUAAGAGGAAAAAGGGCGAUGGAGAUGAUGACGAGGGCGGUGGGGAUGGUAUGAGCCUUAGGCCUAGGGAUAGUCUCCGACAUACUACUUGUGGGACCCAUCCUCGAUAG